UAGAGCAGCUCGGAGUGAGGUUGUAGGUCGAUGCUCUAACACCGCCAUCUCUGAACACGCUAUCGCUACUGUCACUCAAGCCUACUCGAUUUUUUCAUUUGUUAUUACCCGGGCGAUUUGAAUUUUUAUGUUUUGUGUUUGGUUUUUGAAAGUGAUUUGUGUUUAUUGAGUGAUUUCAUUUUUAUUUGUGGAUUUUUCUUUUUGGUUGCGAUGAUGAUGGCUCGUCUUGGACGGUCGGUGAUUUGUUUUGUCAUUUUCACGUUUUGUAUGAGCGUUUUUAUUGGAGCAGCUCAGGAUGUUGGGAGUCCCCUUAGGGUUGCACAAUGCCGGGCCACUUGUCUUGAAAGGUUCUCUAAUGAUGGCCCAAAUGGAGAGUCUAUGUGCUUACAGGGACCCGAUUGUUUCAUGUGCUGGGAGAACUGUGAACUGCUCCAAUCAAAUUUUCAAGUGUGGGGUGCCAUGUGCGAGGAGAAGGAGAUAUGUUUUCCUGGCUGCCAAGAAGCCUGCAGAUUCCACGCCAUGGCUGCAGCUAGAACCCAACAAACAGAACCAGUCAUCCAUACCAAAGGCGAAGGGGUUAUCAGAGUAAAUGGAGCGUUGGCUAGGUGGCCCAGGCCGUCAUCUGUUGAGCCUCAAACUCCUCUGGUCUACGUAGUGAUGCGCAAAGCUCAAAACGGACCUUGGAGGCAAAUUAUACAAACUUUAGACCAUACUACUAGAGUACCGCUGAACUCAGAUAGAAGCGACGCCAUGUUAAGAGUACUAGUAGUUGAUCCUCAAGGUUUGGUUACUAUCUACAGCCCCGACGAGGCAAGCAUUAGAGAAAUUAAGAAAAAGAAGAAAACCAUUAACACCGAAAUCAAAGCGACCACCAGUAAAACCAUGGGCACGGGAGAAGCAGCUUGGGUCUUAAAAGAGAUCUCUCUGAUCCACCAAAAAGUGCUCGUCAUCGGCGAAAUCGCCUGGGAUGCAAAAGCGAAUCACGGUGUAUACUUGGUGACUUGGGAGGUUGACGGUGGUGGUUUGAAAGGUAAUUUGUUUACCGAUUCGACUUGCGUCACUCUUUCAUUGUGGCCGGACACGAUUUAUCACAUCCAAGUGGAACUUGUUUCGCGAAUCCCUGGAGUAGAGAAUUUGAAAUCUGAAAUGAUGGAUCUGGAUACAGGUCGAGCCCAGAAAGUAUCGACUGAUGAAAGCGAAUUGAACAUCAUUUCCGAUGAGGAGGAUCCCAACGAACAUUCCCCGCUCCUCUCAGUUUUGUUCAGUGCCGUGCGCGGCGAAAGUACGAGAAACAGGUACCACAAUUUGGAGAUGGUACUCGGAGGUUGUAGUGCCGUUUUGUUGUUCGUCAUCAUUUUGGCGGUAGCGGCUUGCAGAUGUCGAAGGAGGCGAAGGGGAUUAGCUAUAGAUAAUAUUAUAACGGGUUCAACUUCCAUCAGGAGUAAAAAGUUGGUAGAAGAGCUUCCGAUUCAUAAAGACUUCCAGCCUAUAAUUACGGUACUGGGCUCCCCUCCAGACAUAACGAGAGGAUCCCCGGACACCCCAGAGGUCAGUUUCCAGGGCGCGCCAACAGUAACUUCCACCUCAAAUCAAAGUGACAAGACUGUUCAGGUGUGACACUCCCAUGGAGCGUUCUAAAGUAUGUUCGCGCUAUAAAUAAGCAAGAAAACCAGUUCCUAAGACUGAAAGACUAAGAGGUGAGGUGCAAAGUGAUGUUAAUAGCGCGUGAAUUUUUUUGACUGAUUAGAAAAUAAAUUUUAAAAAAAUUCAAUCUCAAUGUAUAAAAUAUGUGUGUAUAAAAACUAGUCCAAAUCAGACGUUUCGAGGUUUAAGGGGGGGUUAGGAGCGCAGGUCGGUGUGUUGUGGGCAAAUUUCUAAAAAUGAAUAACUUAGUGCUUCCUACGAAAACCCUAAGGUGAAAACAAAUUAAAAAGGCUUUGGUGGAGUAAUUGGAACAGGCAUAAGGAUUUUCCUUUGGUGUAUUUUUUACCUUGGG